AUGCCGCUGGGGCACAUCAUGAGGCUGGACCUGGAGAGAAUCGCCCUGGAGUACGUCGUGCCCUGCUUGCACGACAUCGGCUUCUGCUACCUGGACAACUUCUUGGGGGAGGUGGUGGGGGACUGCGUGCUGGAGCGGGUGAAGCGGAUGCACCGCGACGGGGAACUGGCCGACGGGCAGCUGGCCGGCCCCAGCCGCGGCGUCGCCAAGCGGCACCUCCGCGGCGACCAGAUCAAGUGGAUCGGAGGCACGGAGGAGGGCUGCGAGGCCAUCAACUUUCUCCUCACGCUGAUAGACCGGCUGGUGAUGUACUGCGGGAGCCGGCUCGGCAAGUACUACGUGAAAGAGCGAUCCAAGGCUAUGGUUGCUUGCUAUCCUGGAAAUGGAACUGGGUACGUUCGUCAUGUGGACAAUCCAAAUGGUGAUGGGCGCUGCAUUACCUGUAUUUAUUACCUGAAUAAGAACUGGGACUCCAAGCUGCAUGGUGGAAUUCUUCGAAUAUUCCCAGAAGGAAAGUCCUACGUAGCAGAUGUUGAGCCGAUUUUUGACCGAUUACUUUUUUUUUGGUCAGAUCGAAGGAACCCACAUGAAGUCCAGCCUUCUUAUGCAACCAGAUAUGCCAUGACCGUGUGGUAUUUUGAUGCCGAAGAAAGAGCAGAAGCCAAAAAGAAGUUCAGGAACUUAACUGAUGCGAGGAAGAGAGAAGCACCUCUUAAUGAAGACUAAUCAACUGCUCAUGAACUCUUUGUGAGGAAAUAAGAUCCCAAAGAUGACUUCCAUUUCCAGCAAAUAAGGGCAAAACAUUUUUAUGCAUAAGUAUGCACCGGUUGUGUCUAGCACGUGCAUCUUAUGCUGAUGGUACUUAAGGCAGCCUCCUGUCAUGCUGCAUCUGGUAGAAGAAAGACUUGUUUGCUCUUUGCCUUUUGCUGGAAGAAAUAACCAGGGUUUAAAAAAAAAAAAAAGAACGUGUGAUACUCAAGCCUAGUGGUAGUGGCUCAGCCAAUUGGCUUUUGAUCACUAUUGUAACUAAGAUAAUGGUCAUUGGAACUAGUGGUAAAAAACUGAGUCUUAUUUGCACUUUAUGGGGGAAAAAAGUUCUAGUUAAAUGGGAAGAAGCCUUGCAAGUUUAAAAUCAGUUGGCAGACUGCUGACAGGCACAGAGAGAUAUUUGACAUGGGAAAUUAAAUUGGAUGUUUGUAGAGCAUUUUAUGGUCUGUCCCAAGUGGACCUGCUGAUGUAUUGUUCAUCAUUUUGCUGUGCAGAACAUUGGUUCAGCUCUUCAGAAACAUGACUUCCCAGAUGUUUGUCUACACAGUCGUUGCAUUUUCUGGAUAUUGUUUGCUCUUCAGGAGGCACAUCCUAGCUCUGUACCUGUACUGCCCUUUCUGUCCCAGGAUCGAGGGGAAAGUAGUUAUGCAUCUGUUCACAACUUCAUAAAACCAAUUUUUUUUUCUGUUUUUAGGAGGAUGGGUUGUAUGUUUUCUAUUUUCAGCGUUUGGUAAAGCAGCUGUUUUCUCCCAAAGAUCUGGUAAACUUGAAAGGCUUAUGGCACACAAUGCAUUGGCCCUUAAGGCCAGUGAUAUGUGGAGAAGUGUUUGCUUUGCAACCUCUCCAUCUGCUAUGUUCUGUGUGACAUAGAUAUGAAUCUGAAAGGGAAAGAUAUAUCUGGCAGUCUGACAAAUAUAUGAUAAAUAAUGGUAACUUAGACCUGAUUUUUAUGCUGCAUAUUGUUCAUGAACACACUUGUUUAAUUUUGCAUGUGUAUGUGAUUUGGAUGAAACUGCAAUUCUGUUUCAGUUGAUCUGUGAUGGCAGGUAACUACUGCUGCUGUGCCCAGGCUGUGAGAUCAGAGUUAUUCAAUGGCAAAGCACACAUUUUAUCCCUCCAUUAUUUUUUUAAACUUAAUAGACUCAAUGAGUAACUGGUGACCUAUUCCCAGUCUGUCUAAACUUCUACAACCAGCACUUACUAUGCAGUUCAGAAUAGCUCUUAAUGAAGCUGGGAUCUGGCAGUGGAUGUAUUUAUCACUCACACUAAUUGUUCUCAGCCUAAUACACUCACUUGCAUUCAUUUUUAUCUCAUGCUGUCAGUGUGUAUGUCAGACCCUAUUAAAUGUUCCAAAUAGAUGCCCCCUUCAGUGUCCCAUAUUUUCCUGUGCCACCUGCCCCUGCUGGUGAAGGUGGUGUGUCUGAACCUCUGGCCCCUGCACUGCUUCCCCAUGCUCUGCUGCAUCAUUGUGCUGUGAUGGGCUGCUCUUGAGCUAGGGAAUGCAAAAGUAGUGUGCAAUGGCAGCUAUUAAAUGUGAGUGACAGAAAGGUAACAGCUGCAUAGGACAGAAAAGAAGUACCUUUCAUGGCAUAAAAAAUGAUAAUAGAAAAUGGAGUAUUUUUUAAAGCAGUUUUGUGUCUUAAAGAAAAGCUGAGCAUCCUUCAGCCUGCCCAUGAAUGCUGAAUGUAAAUACAGCAGUGCUAAGAAACCCUUUAUUCUCUCUGGCUUCUCCCAGAGAUCCAGCUAUGGUCGUAUAGCACUGUGCACCCUAAGAGAGGAGUGUGAGGGAACAUGUGUGACUAAUAUAUUUACAAUUAGAAAAAGACAAAGAAUGUGAUAAAUGUCCUUUAAUGUUAAGAAAAACAUUAUUCUACUACAGUUGCUUCUAAGUAACACCAGAGACUUGAAGGAAACUUAGUGAUAACUUGAAAUUCUCAUUCUGAAAUGUUCAUGUGGGAGGUGAAAGAGUUUGGCUCUUCCUUGAGAGAGGUAAUCCUUUGAAAUGUGUUGGAAAAGACAGCAUUACUAUUUAGAGAAGGUGAUGGAAUACACCUAUUCAAAGUUAAUAAUGGCACAUAAAUUUGAUACUCUUACAUGAUUUUAAAAGGAGGAGAAUCAGAGCAGAGGAAAUACUGCUUUGCCUCUAGAAACCAUAACCUUAAAAAUGAACUAGAAAGCAUUGUUAGUACACAUCUCACUGUAGCCUGGAACAAUGGAAAAACAAGAUGUUGGAAGGGGAAAAGCUUUGUGUAAGGGCUGAAAAGGGAAGGUGCUUCAGUCAUCACUGUUGCUACCACCAGGUUUCUGCAGUGGUCAGCAACACGUGUGGUGAACAUGGAGCAGUAUAGUUGCAUUUAUUGUAAAUAAAUACAUAUUUUCUUUUUUGUGAAUAUCUUCCUCAUCUAUAUUACAUAUAUAGAAGACAGAGCAAUUAUUCUGUGGCAGGGUGUGUUGUCUUUAUUAAAACUUGUAAUCAACUGCAAAAAAA